AUGUCUCAGAAAGGAAGGGUUAUAGACCUUUAUAAAACGCUUCUGCACCUAGGAAAAGAUUGGCCGAAAGGUUAUGAUUUCUUUAGAGAUAGGCUUAAAAAGGCUUUUCUGAAAAAUAAGGAUGUAAGUGAUCCUGAACAGAUUGAAAAAAUGAUCAAACAUGGGGAAUAUGUAAAAAAAGAAAUAGAAGCAUUAUAUAUGCUAAAGAAAUAUAGAACUUUAAAAAGACGCUACGAAUUAUAA